UCGAAGUAGUAACACCCACCUGUCGGUCGGACAGUAGUUAUUAGUCGGUAGUGAGUAGUCCGUAGUCGGCGUAGUGCUGCAUCCCGGUGUUCACCUAUGUACAGUCCUCCGCACAGAGGCCCGUCUCCAGGGCUAACAGUUAACCGUUCCCAGAGUUGAAUUCGGCUCCGUAAAUUAGUUCGAGACAAGUCUACGCAUAAGUUGACCGAAAAUGAUCAAUUCCGGCGAUUUGAAGAGGAGUGGGGCACGAUGGGUCUGCCCGAAUGACCGACAACUCGCUUUGAGAGCCAAGUUGCGUACAGGAUGGUCGGUAAAGACGGGAUCUCUCGACUCGCGAUACGGCGAGUACACGUACACUUCCUCUCAUCCUGGUAAUUCGGCCUCUUCAACACCAGUUGUUGCCCUGACAGAUGAGGAGCGCAGCAUGAUCAUACAGGUGAUCCAGCGUGCAGAGGCCUUGGAUCUGGCCGAACAGGAGCGAGUGGGCAGGUUGGUGGAGAGGCUGGAAAACAUGAAGCGCAAUGUGAGCACGGCGAUGGGAUCCGGGACGACGGAGAGGACCUGCGGGAGCAGGUGCGCAGGUGGAACCAAGUGCGUCUGCUCCUGCGCCCUCUGCGGCGAGAGGUUCGCCGUUCUGGGGGCCGGACCAGGACUCUGCAAGGACUGCCGCAGGUACAUAUGCCAGAAGUGCGGCAUAGAAGCCACCCCCGCCGUGACCUCGCCCUCAGCCUCAGCCCCGGCCUCGACCUCGACGACCUCCCAGGUGGGGGAGGUCGCUCAGCGACUCCUUCGCAGGAGGUCUUCUACCGCGUCGGCGCAGAGGCUGUUUCUCUGCAGGAUCUGUGCCGAGACUCGGGAGAUGUGGAAGAAAAGCGGCGCCUGGUUCUUCAAGGGCCUCCCGAAGUACAUCCUUCCAGAAAAGAAGGACCGCGGACGACCUCGGGCCGGUUCUCGGGCGUCCGGAUGGACCCUGGCUAGCUCUACACGACGAUUGGACUCCUUGGAGCAGGAUUCGUCGUCCGAUGACGACGCCACUCGUCGUCUCGGUUUGAUGCGUCGUUUUUCCACGACCGUAAGCAGCGGAGAUCACUCGAGCAGAGAGGAUGCCCCAACCUCGACUACUGACGAAAAGUCUUUGCACUCUCUGGCUGCGACGACACCCUCUGUCGCUUAUCGCAGGCAAAGCUCCUGCCCGACGCCGGAGAUGUCCUUUUUAGGCGGUGAUUCGAGCUCCAAGACGAGCGAAGUCCCUCGGGCCCAAAUAUCGCCGUCGCCCUCGAGUGUCACCGUCAGGUCAAGAAAGAGCCCGAACGGAGUGCAGCAGGUCGGCUUUCCGGACCUCGAUGAGCCCGUGGAGGAGCAGCGGUCGAGCAGUCCUCAGGUACAGCUUCGCAGGUUGAGCUCGGGGGAGCGACGAUCUCCAAGAGAGGCCAACGUCGAGCCCGAAUGGAACAGGUGCAGGGUGCGAGCCGGAUUGGGUCAGGACAAGCAGUCGCGCAAUCAGGCUCAAACCGCGUCCUCGGGACUCACGGGCCCGGACCUCGGGACCCUGGAGGUCUCCUUGCGAUUCGACCCAGCGGCUCAGUCCCUCCAAUGCAAGGUCCUAAGGGCCCGAGGCCUCCUGCCCAUGGACAUCCAAGGCCUCGCGGACCCCUUCUGCAAGCUCAACAUUCUACCAGUGACCUCCAACUCCUCCAGGCGGCUCAGGACGAAGACCGUGCACAAAACCAGGGACCCGGAAUUCAACGAGACGGUCAAUUUUUACGGGACGACCGAGGCGGACACGAAGAGUUCGGCCCUCCACGUUCUGAUCCUGCAGGACGACCCCGCGGGCCACGAUUUUCUGGGAGAGGCGAGGUUCCCCUUAAACGAGCUGCAACCCUAUCAGACCAAAGCCUACAACGUCUUCCUGGAGAACCAUUACCCGGUGGACCAGGAAGACGUGGUCUGGGGGGAGGGUACCAACCCCCGAGGGCAGCUUCAAUUAACCCUAAGUUACAGUACUCGGCGGCGCGCGUUAUUAGUCACCGUUCAAUCAGCGGCGAAUCUCUUGCCCAUGGACAGCAACGGGUUCUCUGACCCAUUCGUCAAGCUUACCCUGAUGAAGGACCCGAAAGACACCUUCCACCGGUUUCGGUCCUACGAAACCGCGAGCGCCGGAUCGAAGGCCUCGAAGAAGGACAACAAGAAGCAAGGCGCUCGCAACAACGUCCACUCAACCAGCGUCAAAUGGAAGACUCUGAACCCAGAGUGGAACGAAGAGUUCGCUUUCGAGACGCGACUUACGGACCUAACGGGCCUGGCUCUGACCCUGUCAGUGUGGGACAAGGACUUCGGCAAAAGCAACGACUAUCUGGGAGGACUGGUUCUGAGCUGCAACAGCAAAGGAGCUCGACUGCGACACUGGAUAGACGCGAUCAAGUUCCCCGAUCAUCGACAUCAAGCUUGGCACAAUCUGACAGAAGCCGUCGUCCCUGAAUAAGGUCGAGAGUGUUUUCCAAGAGGCAAAUAAUCGAGAUACUGUCGUCAACAAUUUUCCUGUUUCCAUCUUCAAUGGCGAGUCCGGCAUUCUGUCCGGAUCGUAUAAUUCUAAAGUUUUCGAGGAAGGGAUAAGGAGUUUCUCUAGUAAAGAAUAAUGUGAUCGAAAUGUGACUAACGUUCAGUCAAACAAUUUUUUAACUUUAACUUUCCAAUUCAAACGAGUUUAGUUGGUCACUUCGAAUAAUAGAAGCAUUAACUGUUACGUAAUUAUCGAUACAUCUCGUUUAAGAGACGUUCCAAAUUUUAAUCACAUUGAUCGACUGUGAGAGCGGCCUGACUAGUCCGCUUUCCGUACUGUCAAGCAAUCGUCUUAUCGCAGACAAUCACAAAAUUAACUUAAAAACAUAAUUAGCUGGCACAAUUUUAAACAAUGUUGUUCUAUAACUAUGUCGAACACUAGCAAUUUUAUCUUGCCGAAUUAUAACGUGACGUUAACGAAUAAAAUAUUUAUUUUAAGUGCUGCUGGAUCGUUCAUUUCUUGACAUCGUAAUGAGGUAUGAAAAGACGUAAAAUGUUCUCCCUUUUGCCUUAAAA